CCAGCACGGAUCAAUAUACCCAGUUCAGCCAUGAAGGGACCAGCGCAGUAUUUACUUACCGUGGCUUUAUGGAGUAUCAUGCCGCUUUGCUAUGCAGAAGAUAGUUGUCCGGGUGUAAAGAUUAUUGGAGUUGGGGAAUCAAACAAUAGGGCUAUUUUUGGAAGUUGUCCUGGUAAACCAGGUGAACCAGGACAGAGGGGAUAUCCAGGAAUUCCAGGACUCAAAGGGAAUAAAGGAAUAAAAGGAGAAAAGGGUGACAAAGGAGAGUUAUGUAUGCCAUACAAGCAAAAUGCAGAGAAUUGUAAAGAGCUACUUGACCAGGGAGAAUCUCUGAGUGGCUGGUACAAAAUAUACCCAAGAGUAGGUGCACCAUUGACAGUGCUGUGUGACAUGGAAACUGAUGGAGGAGGGUGGAUAGUAUUUCAGAAACGUCUAGAUGGUUCAGUGGAGUUUUUCAGAGAUUGGAAUUCCUACAAGAGAGGGUUUGGCAUUCAAGGCAGUGAGUUUUGGCUUGGAAAUGAUAACAUACAUCGCCUCACUUCCCUGGGUAGACUCCAGCUGCGCAUUGAACUCACAGAUUUUGAUGACAACCAGUCUUACGCCUUGUACGAAAAAUUCUUUAUUGCUGAAGAGUCUAAGAAAUACACUUUGAGUGUGGGAAGCUUCAUUGAAGGUGAUGCAGGUGAUUCUUUUUCCUAUCACAAUAACUCUGCAUUUUCUACAAAAGACAAAGAUAAUGAUACAUCCUCAAGGAAUUGCGCUCAUGUUUUUAAUGGCGCUUGGUGGUAUAAAGACUGUCGUUUUUCUAACCUGAAUGGGCGUUAUGUGAAAGAAAAUAAUAAUACGGAUGCGGAUGGCUUGUGCUGGAAGACAGGCAAAGGGUAUAAAUACUCCUACAAAAUGUCAGAAAUGAAGAUACGACCACAACCGUAAUUAGUGAAGAGGCCGCAGUCAUGAUGAAUAGAGCUCACAAAAGUUCAUUUUUGAAAAUGGGUACUACACUGUGGGCCAGAUUACAAGUGAGGCGAUAUCUUAACGUGCGCCCGUAAAGGGGAAAUUUGCCCGAUUACGGGCGCAUGUUAAAAAACCAUCUAUAACAAAUAUUAAUAUUAUUAUCAUCUAUUUGUAUAGCACCACCAAAUUCUGUAGCGCUGGAUUAUUGUGACUGUGAGCUUGUGAUUUCACUUUGCACGAAGCGCAAUUAACCAGAGGUCAGACCUCUGGUUAAAAAUAAAAAGUUACUCCAAUUGCCCCCAAAAUAAAGAGGACAGUUCUUUAACAUGAUAUACAGUAUAUAUAUGAGCA